GAUAUGCCAGUAUCUAACAAGACGUUCGAUAGACACCAACAAUAACAACAACAAUAAUAACAACAACAACAACAACAACAAUAACUUCUUCAGAGGAACGAAGUUGGAGCUCUGACUCAUUCAUCUGGCAUGCUAGGAGGACAAAUGAGGAUGCCCCUGGGGCCCCAGGGACCCCUGUUUCCCUCUCGAGGGUUCCCUUCUACACCCCUGGACCUGGAGUCCAACAUGUUGAACUGGAGGGACUCCUUCAUUAACAAGUACCAGGAUACCAUCAGAGAUGAUGAUAAUGACAGUAUAGCUGACACUGACCCUGAGAAGGAUGUUCGGCCGGAGAAGGAUUUGGUCGGAGAAGGUGAUGUAGAGGAUAGAGAAGGAGGCGGAGCAAUGAACCUCUCCUCCCGUCCUAACUCCGCCCCCACACACAACACAAACAACGAGAUGGAACACGAGGCUGGAUUCAUGAACAGGCUGAAAAAUGGUGACUGCAAGGACAAGGACGAAAGUGGAAGUGAAAACGGGAAGUGCAGUCCUCCCUUGCAACUGCCUUUACUUCCUCCAGGCCUGCAUCAAAUGCAGCAACUUCUUCAAAACCCAUUCGGCCUGAAUCCGGCCCAAAUACAGCAGUUCAUUCAUCAAUCACAGCUGCCAGAAUCAGGGAGAAAGCAGCUGGAGCAGCUAGUACCGCAGCUUCAAGAACAGCUACAGGUUAAUUUUGUUCAGCAGACCCAUCUUCUCCAGGCUGGGGAUAGAUGUAAACAAUCUCCUGCUUUACAACAGCUACAACUACAACAACAGCAACUUAUAUCACAACUACAGAUUGUUCAACAACGACUGAUUAUGGUUCUAUAA